GGCGGCCGCAGAACGCUCCAGGAUGAAGCUCUGCCUGCUGAUCGCUCUGCUGGCGCUGCUCUCCUCUCAAAGUGAGGGAAUCAUGGGAGGGCAGGAAGCUCCGGCUCAUUCGCGCCCAUAUAUGGCCUCCAUCCAGAUGCCGAACGGAGAGAACUGGAAGCACGAGUGCGGUGGCUUCCUGGUGGCCGACCAAUGGGUGAUGACCGCGGUCCACUGCCUUCCAACCGGGGCCAACGGGAGGAAGGUGGUGCUCGGAGCUCAUUCGCUGUCAGCCGCGGAGGAAACCAAACAGACGUUUGAUAUUGUAGUUCACAACAAUCCAAACUUCAACCAACUCAACUACGAUAACGACAUCGCUUUACUCAAGCUGGACCGGCCAAUCACAGCGUCCGAGUCGGUUAGAGCCAUCGAGUACCAGCGGGCGGGGGGUACCAACCCACCUAUAGGCGCCGAGGUGGAGACCGCGGGCUGGGGUUCGGUCAACAACCUGGAGGGGCGCACGGACCGUCUGAAGGAGGUGGCCAUGGACGUGGUGGACCCCGAGCUGUGCGCCCGCUACGACUACUACGGCUCAAAGUUCACCAGCAACAUGAUGUGCUCCCACAAGCUGUGCCCCAAACCCUGCAGACACAGAACCAAGACCGAGGAUACCUGCGAUGGAGAUUCGGGCGGACCUCUCAUCUAUAAUGGCGUAGUCGUAGGGAUCACAUCCAACGGCGGGAAGAGAUGUGGUCAGGUGAAGAAGCCGGGUAUCUACACCGUCAUCUCCCACUACACCGAGUGGAUCAACAGCACCAUGUCCCUGUAGCCCCAUCACCCCCCUCUACACCACCUUAGCCCCAGCUCCUCCCUUUCUACACCACCUUAACCCGGUUAACACCUCUACUCCACCCUGGGCACAAUAAUAGCCCCAGGACAGCCAGCCCAAGCAGAUCUCAGGGUUACCAUGAGGUCCUUGCGACAAACUAAACAUGUAUCUGGAUCUCUGUACCAUUGAUGCAUUUUAUACACGGCGAUAUAUGAUGCUAACAAUAACAUUUCUAGCCAUAUCCAAUAUAUAUACAUGGAUCAUCCUGCAACACAUUAAAGAUGUCCUAAUAAAGAAAUUGUAGAAAA